UAUCCCUCUGUGGUACAAAUGGAGAAUAAAGGGAGUGACGAGGUGGAAAAAAUGAAGACCAAGUUCUUGUCCGUGUGGCACAAUGUGAAGUACAGUAAGUGAGCUUGAGGUCAAAACACACACACACACACACACACACACACACACACACAGAUCUGACAGUUUAAUUCUGAUUUGCUGUGAGACAACAUGUUUUUCUUGACUAAUGAACAAUCUUUUGCUUGUCAAUAUAUGUGUUUAAAGUACCUGGUGGCUGAGUUGUGUUUUUUAAACUGCAACUUGAGACAAACAGUGUAGUGUUCUGUGGUUAUAUACAUUUUGAGACUGAGCCAAAGCACAAGGUGGCGGCUGUUGAACAGUUGGGCUCUGAAGGCAAAGACCUCAUUCAGCCGAAAUUCCCCUGUGGUUCUUCUGGGAAAGUGUUACCAUUUUAAGGCUGAUGGUAUAGUAUGUUGCACAGCUUAUGAACCUGUUUCUUUUUCAGUUUAUUCUUCUUGCUUUGUAGGGUUGGCAUUAGAUUUUAAUAUUUCCUUGUGUUUUCAACAACUGUUAAGGAAAGUUCUUCGUAGCUAAAAUGAAAAUGUUCUCAGAUGAUCUAACAUAACACAUUGUGACAACUGAUUGAAGAGAUCACAUGCAUUAUAACUUUGGAGUAACUGUGUACAGUAUCAUGAUACACAACAGCAAUAUAGUUAUAUAGUUGCAGGGAUCUCGUUUGAUGUGUGUCCUGCAUCUCAGACGCACAAAAAUUAGCGGGGACGCAUAAAGCACAAUCAGUCUGCAUCUUCAGACGCAUGGCUUAGUACGCUGGCGUGGGGCUGGAAAUCUGAUGCAUGAUUAUUAUUUUUUUGGAUGAGACAGAACUCUAGAGUGCGACUAAUUUGGUCUCUUAUGCGCCCAAAUUUCUGAAUGGUGCAGCAAAAAGCAAAAAAAAAAAAAAAAAGAUACAGGUGCCCAGUCAUUUGAGGAAGAAAAAACAUUUCCGCGACUUGAAAGCAGACACACGAUGGGUUUCAUUGUGUCUCUAAACCAAUCAGAUAGCGAAGAGCGGGUACCUGUGUGUGUGUGUGUGCGCUUGCAUGCGUGUGUGUGCACGCAUGCGUUUGGCAAUGGGGGCACUCGGGUUCACAAAGCUAAGUUUUCUGACGGCGAGCUGGUAGCUGCACAGUUAAUGGAAUUAGUUCCAAAGCCUAACGCCACCGCGAUGAUGUGAAAACAUUUUGGAUUCAAGCCACAUGAACGCGGUCAUUCUGCUAACACCAACUAGCUGGUAUGUCAAAUUUGUAUGAAUUCGCAACAAAGACAGCACAACUUAAAACCUCAAAGUGACAAAAUAAAUUUGAAACACAACCGUCCCACCCAAUUUCUUCAGCUGGGAACAAAAAACAUGGUGGGACAUCUCUUGUUUUCUGUCAGCUUGCAAUUAUGGAACACUUUGCCUAAUAGUGCAAAUACAAACAUGAAUAUGGCGCACGUUUGCUCACGUUUUAUACAGUAUAGAGUUACAAUUGUAAAGAGAUGUAGUUAAUGAACGUGUUGACAAAGCAGCUUUUAAAGAAAGGCUGCAGACUUUUAAAACAGGAUGCUUUGCUCUACUUGUGUUGUCAUUAAUGUUGCUACUUGGCACUUUUUCUUAACCAGAUGGAAACUGGAUUGGCAAUAUACGGCCUGUUAAGGCAUUAAUGACUCUUGAUACUUCUGUGCCAAAUUUUAAUAUUUGUAGAAGUGCAAUUUUUGGGAACAGAGCCUCAGUCUGUUUUAUUUAUAUAUUGUUAAUCUAAGAUAUUGUAUUUAUUGUUCAACAUUACAUUGUCAAUGUUUAUUAUUCUUAGAAUUAUAAUUAAAAGUGAAUUGUCUUCAAAAGGAUGUACUUGAAUUAUUCCCCUCUAAUAUCAUUAUAUGAGUGGCAUAAAAACAUCAACAAUACUAUCGCUUGUCGUCGUAGUUUUUGGAAAAUAUAUCGUCCUGAAAAAUUAAACACACAUAAUAUACUGAGAGAGAACAAGAGCACAGGAAAGCGCAAAAUAUUGUACAAACGGUAUAUGAAAAAAAAUAGAGUAACACCUGUAAUACAAAUCUGCAAUAUAGAGGGACCGCAAAGCAAGAACCGUGAUAUAGCAUAGGAUUACUGUAUCACUAUUCCGUGAUGAUAAAUUCCAGGGACUCAGUGUUCCUGGGUUUGGAGUCAUUGCUUCCAUGACAUGGGCAUCCUGGGCCUCACAUAGUCUCAAGUGUAAAAUGAUCUAUGAGUUGUAUCAACUAUUCUGUCUAUUCAAAGAUAAUAAUGUUCAGUUUUGAUUGACAGUGCCCGAGGGGUAUUCAUUUACUAAUAUUUGUUAUUAUUGUUGUUGUAAUUUGCAGUGGUGUACAACUGCACUGCACAGACUCGCACAUGUAAUUGAUUCAUAUUUACCAAAAUAUCAAACACAGCUCUCAUUGCUGUGAAGUACUGGUUGGUAAGAUAGUGGGUCCACUGCAAUGUAUCAUCCAUUCAUCCAUUUUCUGUAUCGUCUGUUUGCAUUUGACAUGAGUUAUUAUACAGUAUAAUAAUAAGCAUUAAUUGGUUUGACAAGGUUACACACAGUUGGGUAAACCCAGCAGAUAAUUUCUAGAUGACACCUUGACAAAUAAGGUUUGGUCAUCGGCCUGAGCCUUGUUUUCCCUAGAUGAUGACGAUGUCUCAGAAGCCUGCUUGGAAGCGCCGGAUAAGGACUCCGUCAUGGGAAAUAUAGAGGAUUUCCGGAGGGAUUUUGCAUCUCGUGUGUGGCUAACAUAUAGGGAAGAGUUUUCCCCUCUACCUGGCUCUCUUCUAACAUCCGACUGUGGCUGGGGCUGCAUGCUUCGGGCUGGACAGAUGAUGUUGGCUCAAGCACUUAUUCUGCACUUCUUGGGCAGAGAUUGGAUGUGGUCAGAGGCACUACAGCUCCAGCGUUUGGACGCCGAGACAUGGACCACCACUGCAGCCAAGCGCCUGGUCGAAUUCCUGGGAGCCUCGCUACAGGGCACCUUCAACAGGCCCUCCAAUCCUGAAUCAUCAGCCAUACAUCAGGCUCAGGCUCCAGGGUCAGCAGAGGAGGCAGAUGCCCACUUAAAAGAAAUGUACCACCGGACACUGGUUUCAUGGUUUGGGGACAACUCCUUUGCUCACCUGGGUCUGCACAGACUGGUACAUUUAGGCCUGACAUUGGGGAAACAGGCCGGGGACUGGUAUGGACCUGCUGCUGUCGCGCACAUUCUCAAGAAGGCUAUGGAUGAAGUGAAGGACUCUGCCUUAGCUGGUAUAACUGCUUAUGUCUCCCAGGAUUGUACAGUGUACAGCGCUGAUGUGAUUGACAGCCACAGGGCACCCAAAGCUGGGUGGCCGUCGGCUGGUAAAGCAGAUGACCUGCCCCCUCACCAAAAAGAACAAUCAGCAUCUGCGUUCACCCUGCCAGACAGUCAAGCUGUUAUCAUUCUAAUCCCUGUACGACUGGGAGGGGAAAAGAUCAACCCCGAGUAUUUUAACUUUGCAAAGAGAAUACUAAGUCUGGAGUACUGCAUUGGCAUCAUUGGAGGGGAGCCCAAGCAAGCCUGCUACUUUGUAGGAUUUCAAGAUGACAGCUUGAUUUACAUGGACCCUCAUUACUGUCAGUCUUUUGUGGAUGUCAGCACCAGCGAUUUCCCUCUCCAGUCCUAUCACUGCCCCUCACCAAAGAAGAUGCCUUUCACUAGGAUGGAUCCAAGCUGCACCAUUGGAUUUUACUCCAGAAGUGUCCAAGACUAUGAGAAAAUCACCCAAGAGCUGUCUCAGGUUCUGCAGCCAUCAGCAAGCGACAAAUACCCAGCGUUCACUAUUGUGCAAGGUCAUGGUAGAGAUUACGACCUGUCGACCCUAGAAAAGAGAGAAUGGCCCUUCAUCCGUGACCCAAGGAGGACAAUCACCACUGCUGGGGACUUUGUGCUUCUUUGACAGAACAGUUUAUAUCAGUGAACAUGGAACUUGCCCUCAAGCCUUGGUUUAGACAGAUGACAUUAAACCUUUUAAAACUGGAUGUCCCUGAAAACACUUUCUUUUCACCGAUUGGUGAACAGCUGGAUUUCAACAGUAUAAGUUUGCUAAAAUACUUUGGUUUGUCACAGGACAUUUUUAGAGCUCUACUGAAUUAUCUGACCUAUUUUUAAACUAAACUGCAGAAGAGGAAGAUGGUUGAAGUGCACACUUGUUAUAUUAUUUUAUUUUUGCCAGCAGACAUUUCGGUGUUAUGAUAGAAUAACUAUAGUUCAGUACCUUCACAGUUACACCAGCUUGUAAAAUAAAGAAAAUUAAGUUUCAGUCCCUGCAGUAUUUAUACAACUUGUGUUUGUCAUGAUUUGUAUUGGACUGAAAGGAAUAUGAUUAAAUAGGCUUGAGUUAUGCCAAUUAACAUUUCCAAGCCCUCUCCAAAAGCAUCUCAGCUAAUAUGAUGCACAUUUUCAGCCACAAGAAAACAAUUUACCAUAUUUGGGGGGGGCAAUCCUUUACUUUUUCUAUCGUGUUACACUGGAGCUUUCUUAUAUGCUGUUUUGCAUUUGCAUGGUUUAGAUUUGUAUUAAACAAUAUUAAUUUAGAAAUGUUUAAUAAAUAUUUUUAUUCAAAAUUUAUUUUUUUUUGAAUAAAAAUUUUGAAUAAAUAUUUUUUUCAGUGAAA